GGAGUGCCGAUGCUCUCCGUCCAGCCCAAAGGCAAACAGAAGGGCUGCGCUGGCUGCAACCGCAAGAUUAAAGACCGCUACCUGCUCAAGGCGCUGGACAAAUACUGGCACGAAGACUGCCUGAAGUGUGCGUGCUGCGACUGCCGCCUGGGCGAGGUCGGCUCCACCCUCUACACCAAAGCCAAUCUCAUCCUCUGUCGCAGGGACUACCUGAGGCUCUUCGGGACGACGGGGAACUGUGCAGCCUGCAGUAAACUGAUCCCUGCGUUUGAAAUGGUGAUGAGGGCCAGAGAUAAUGUUUACCAUUUGGACUGUUUUGCCUGUCAGCUUUGUAACCAGAGGUUCUGUGUAGGAGACAAGUUUUUCCUAAAGAACAACAUGAUCCUGUGUCAGAUGGACUAUGAGGAGGGUCAGCUCAACGGCAGCUUCGAGACACAGGUCCAAUAACGCCAACCUGACGGAGGCAGCAGCACACACACACACACUCACACACACACACGUGCACACACACACACACACACGGAGAAGCGUCUGUCUGCUUGCCUGCAAUACUUUUUCCAGUGAAAGAAGCCCUCGUGGUCCUUUAGGACUCUGGUGUAAAUGUUCUUUGGCCUUUUCCCGACUCUGAGCAGGUUGUGUUCUGGUUCUGAUCCGUGUGACUGCGUCAGUCAGCACUGUAUCUCCUCUAUGGGUUCAUGUCAUGUUUUUUCUUUGAUCCCUCGUUCCUCACGGUGAUGAUGGCAGGAUGGAGGGUGAUGUACAGCCUGUUUUUUCUGUAUAUAUAUAAACUGGAACAUUUAUUUUAUGAAAUUGUAAUGCAAUUUUAUUACUAGUGUGAAUUAAAGAACAAAACAAUUCUUAAAUGUUCAAAC